AUGGAUCCAGGUAGUCCUGUGGGUAUCCAGGUCCUACUCGGUACCCAUCUGACCCAAGUACCCGAGUUACGCGUCCCAGCCGUACAAAAAGAAAAAAGAGAAAAGGGAAGAGAAAAGAAGGGAAGGGGAAAGAAGGGAAGAGAAAAGAAGGGAAGAGAAAAUAGGAGAAAAGAAGGGAAAAGAAAAGAGAAGAAAAGGGAAGAGAAAAGAAGGGAAGAGAAAAUAGGAGAAAAGGGAAGAGAAAAGAGGAGAAAAGAAGGGAAGAGAAAAGAAAGGAAGGGAAAAGAAGGGAAGAGAAAAGAAAGGAAGGGAAAAGAAGGGAAGGGAAAAGAAAGGAAGGGAAAAGAAGGAAAGGGAAAAGAAGGGAAGAGAAAAGAGGAGAAAAGAAGGGAAGAAAAAGAGAAGAAAAGGGAAGAGAAAAGAGGAGAAAAGAAGGGAAGAGAAAAGAAAGGAAGAGAAAAGAAGGGAAGAAAAAGAGAAGAAAAGGGAAGAGAAAAGAGGAGAAAAGAAGGGAAGAGAAAAGAAAGGAAGGGAAAAGAAGGAAAGGGAAAAGAAGGGAAGAGAAAAGACGAGAAAAGAAGGAAAAAGAAAAGAUGA